AAAGUCUCUCUCUAGUCUCUUCCUCUCCAAAAAUCCAAAACCCUUCCCAAAAGGAAAAAACUUCAAUAAAAAAGGUAAAAAAAUUAAUUAUGGGAGCCUGUGCAACGAAGCCAAAGGACUCGAAGGGAGAGGCGCCGGAAGCCGCACCGGAAAAUGUUCCGGAGGCGGAAAUCGCUGUCAAGGAUGCGGCGGAAGUAGCCGUAGCCGCCAAGGAUGUGGCGGAAGAAGAAGUGAAGAAGGAAAUAGAAGGCGAUGACGACGAUGCUGCUAGACGCCGAUCUCUCUCUAACUUGUUCAAGGAGAAUGAAGAAGGUAAGGGGUCGGAGCAAGUAAAAGAGGAGGCAUCUCAGAUCACGCCAUCUGAAGCGAAGCCAGAAGAAGUUGAGAAGGUUGUUGAUGCUCCUGUAACGUCGGAGAUAGAAAAAGCACUAGAAGUGGCCUCAAUUACAGUUGAGGUCCCUAAGGUGGAGGCUUCCGAGGAGAAGAAGAUAGAGGAAGUAAAAUCAGAAACUAAGACUCCUGCCGAGAAAAAAGUAGAGGAAGUAAAACCAGCAGCAGAGACUCCUGCCGAGAAGAAAGUAGAGGAAGUAAAACCGGCAGUAGAGACUCCUGCCGAGAAGAAAGUAGAGGAAGUAAAACCGGCAGUAGAGACUCCUGCAGAGAAGAAAAUAGAAGAGGCACCAGAUGUUCCAACUCCUGUGGGGACGAAAGCAGAAGAUGCUCCAAAGGUAACUGUAAUAGAAGAAAACAAGUUGAGCUAGUCUUGGUAGUUAUAAUUGAACCAUAAUGCGAAAGAUUUUGAAGAACGAAACUAUGCUUCCUUAGUUGCUUGAAGAUUGCAUGGUGAAAUAUGCUUGGAAAUGAUUUUUUUGUUGAUUGAGAAAGUUGUGAUGAGCAAGAUUUAAUCUUUUAUUUGUUUAUUGUCAUAUACUCGUCGUUGUUUUGAGUUUUAUUACACAUUAUAUUUUCAUCUUGUUCAUUUUUUGGCAUGUUUAAAAAUACUCUAUCAUUAGCUUCUUGCAAUACGAGUCAAUAUGUUUUCCACAA